AUGACGUGUCGACCAUUAGUAACAUUUGAAACAACAAAUAUUUCAAAACUUAAUGAAUUAAAUCAAACAGCAACAGAUCUUCGUAAACUAGUAAUGGGGAAAAUGAUCAACAAUCCGAAAACUUUUUCUGGAGCAACAGGUAAAAAUGAAGAGGUUGGAAAAUGGUUAGAAGAAGUUGAAACACAGUUUGAUAAUGGUGAUAUUCAAGACUCUAGUAAACUAGCUAUAAUUUCAUAUCAUUUGAAAAGUGAAGCUCUAGUUUGGUAUAGAGAAAAUAGGAAAAAUAUUACAACAUGGGAUGAAUUCGUAAAGAAGAUUACAAAAGCAUUUAAAUCUUCCCAUCAUUCAGAAUUAGCAUAUCGAAAAUUGGAAACGUAUACACAAACUGGUACACAAAGUAUCAGAAAUUAUUAUUCUGAAAUGAUUCAAAUAUUCAGAGAAGCAGACCCAUGUAUGUCUGAUCAUGAAAAACUACGAUAUCUUUUCAAAAAUAUGAAAGGGUCGCUACAAUAUGAAGUACGUAAAGCGUUUCCCAAAACACCAUCACAAUUCUUAGAAAAUGCACUAGAAAUCGAAGAUUUAUUGAAACUAUCAAAUCAAGCUACACCAUCAUCAACAACUACAACUGUUAUGGCUACUUCUGCUAAUAAUAAUCCAGCAGUAGCUACAUUCGUAUCUGACGAUGAAAAUCCACGAAAUCUCUUUUAUAAAAAUAAUAGUCAACAAAAUAAUCAACGAAACUCUUUUCAACCACGAUUUCAGCAAUACAAUAAUAAUCGUUCAUCCUUCCAUCCUCGUUUUUCAUCAAAUAAUUCACGAUUUUCACAUGGAAAUAAUUAUUAUAAUCCUCGUUUUCAUCAAAGUAGUAACUAUUCUAGUGCUCGCUUUCAUGAAUCCAAUAAUUAUAAUGAUCAACAACAACAAUUUCAACAAAAUAACUUU